AGCCGCCAACGAAACUUUUGACAGUCUACAAUUAAUUUCUAAUUCAUUAUCACUCACCAUCGACACCAUGGCUGCUGCUGAUACCCUUGAUACCGCUGCCCCUGAUACUCCUUCCAGUCCUAACAUGCCCGCCCUGGACCGAGAGGACAACGGUACUAUCGAGGAUGCAGAUGCUUGGGUCGCCUUGGAGAAAUGGGUGGAUCAGUUAGUGGUGAAUGGGGAGGAGGACAUCAAUCCGACGCCCGUGGGGAGCACUACCAGUACAUGUACUAAUGCUAAUAAGGACGACGAAGAGCAAUAUGAUGCUUUGCUGGCAGUGCAACGGCAUGAAAACCAAGAAGCCUUUGAGAAAUCGUUGGCCAAGGAAAUGGAACGUUUAUCAAUGGAAGAAUUGGAUCGUCGCUACGGAGAGAUUCACGGCGUGGCACCCGUCAUCCAAGAGGAGCCCGAAUUUGUCGCUCAAAAGCUCGAGGAAAUGGACCAAGCGUUGAACGAGCUCGUGCAGGCAGCAGCGACAGCUGAGGAAGGCAAGUCCUCAUUAUCCAUUCAGUAUUACCAAAAGGCUCUGGUAGAAGAGCCUCUCUACGUCCAAGACCCCAAGUUCCGACUCAAGUUUCUACGGGCCGAUUCCUUUGACGCAAUCAAGGCGGCCCGUCGGCUCGUCUUUUAUCUGGAGAAAAAGGUCUAUCAUUUUGGCAUGCAAACGCUCUGUCGAGAAGUACAAAUGAGUGACUUGACAGAAAAGGAUCUCAAAACACUACAGGCCGGAUCCGUGCAACAAUUACCCUUUCGAGAUCGAUCCGGACGGGCCAUCUUUUUGGAUCCCUUUAUAUUUGGACCCAAACUCUAUUCGGACAUUCGAUCCCAUUACAAGUGUCUCUGGUAUAUGGCUCUCUGUGCUGCCGAAGAUGAAGAAACACAACGCAAUGGGUACAUUCACAUUUUUUGGUUUGUCGACAAGUUUUUGGGCUUGGACACGGACGCCAAUACCGAGUUUCGAAAAUACGUCAUUGAAUCCCAGUGGUGGCUUCCCAUUCGACCAGUCUCCAGUGUGCAUGUCUGUAUUGCCAUGAGUAGUGGCAGUACCGAAAUGGAACGCAAAGUCAAGGAGGUUGUUUCCAGAACGGUCAUUGCCGUCAGUCCCAAAGAAACCCGAUACAGCAUCAAAGUGCACAAGGAAAAAUCACAGCAAGAUAUUUUGGCCAAACUGGUCACCUAUGGCAUUCCCAUUCAACAGGGAUUCCCCGUGUCCUCUAAAACAGGAACCAUCACCAAGACGGCGUCGCACAAACAAUGGUUGGCCAAACGAACGGAAAAGGAAGAAUCCAUUCAAAAAGACGGGGGAUUGUCCUGGAGUUUGUCUGCCAGCCACAACAGAAUUGAUCUACCCACCAACCAAGAUGUGCUGCUGGGCAAGGGAUUAGUCAUCAAUCAACAUCCGGGGAACAUUGCCUAUCGACGUAUGAUUGAAUCCAUGGUGGAUGAUUACAUUCGGGCACUCAAAACGGAAAAGGCCGCCAUGACGUGGAAAGUGGUACAGACCAUUCAACAACAAAAGGGCGGGGGUCGUUUUCUCAAACAACAAUCCGCAAAAAGCUUUUGGUGGGUGGAAGCGACCGAUAAGGAGGCCCGUCAAAAAGUGGGCAAGGCGUUUGUCGCACAAGCCAGUGUGCGAAAGGAGCAGCUUCUCAAGCAAGGGGGCGGUGCGCUGCUGGACGAUGAUGUCGCCUUGGUGACGAUACGAGCACGAGAAGAUGGGAAACGAAUCAAGGUGUUCACACGAAGUAGUGAUCGAUGAUAGAUAGAACAGUGCUUUCUUUCUUCACAAUCCUUUCGCUAUAGUUGUCUGCUAUACUCUUGGGAAAUAACGUCGGUUUAGGUGGUUCGGUAGCUCGAGAAGACCCAGCACCUGAGACUUUCGGUCUAUAAUGACACAACCUUCUGCUCGGAACCAGAGGUUUCUUUGGCCAUACGUGUGCUUUGCUCUUGGUUGUGUUGCUCUCUCCAACGUCAACUCGGUGUGACGAAAGUCACCUUGUCGUAAAGUUUUUGGUGGCUAUGGCUGUUUAUGCCGUGGAGCCGACAAUGCCAAGGUAGUAUGGUUGAAUCAUCUUAUCGGCAUAUUGAUCUCCUAGAUUCAAAGUGACCAUCUCGUACCUCGUACCGGUAGGUGUGUGCCAUAACAUGGUUGCGAAAGCUUGGGUAGGGAUCGGUUCCAGCUCAUUGAGUGCCGAGUAAUCGAAUAGAAUCGCUCAAGCUAUGCAGUGGAAAUAUUGGUAGGAUUCUUCAAAAAGUCAUGAUUGUCGGCACCAAACAGGUCCAUUGUUGUUCUUUUAUUAAGUUCUUCCAAUUCGCACAGUUUCACGAGCAGCACUGGCUGCAGAGGCUAUGGCAAUGGAUUUUUGUUCCAUCAUGGCACUGACGCUCGCCAAGGCCUUGGCAAGAAGAUCCGUGAUCAAAACAGAGCCUGCAACAGUCCCACCGCCACAAAAUCCGAUAGAAAACAACGAUCCAACAUAUUUGCUCUUGAGGAAGGAAAUUGCACUGCGGAGAUCUUCACACUUACUUGCGAGAUGCGUCGUCAUCACCAAAAAAUCUUCCUGGUACAGUCAAAUCCAGCAGGGAUAUAGAGGUUUCCUGAAAGAGUCAAUCCUUGCUCAAAAAUAAUACUCUUGUGUAGAUGUCAUGGUGAUGAGUGUAGUUUUGGACCUACCGGUACCGGAGGUUUGUUUUGGUUUUCUUGGGUUUUGUGAGUCGAGCUCCAAAACUCGGAAAGCGUUUUGGAUCUUUCGAGAGUCGUGACUCACAUCGUAAUUACUCCAGAAUAAAGACUUAUGCAUACUCUUUACUAGUAGUACUCAAGUAUUAAUAGUGUUCUUUAGAAUGUACCAGGUAGCCUCCUCGGAAAUAAGGGAUCUGUGGUCAUCAGUGGUUAAAAGUGGGUGGAUCAAGAUCUACGGUAGACCAAAGAGCAAGCGUACAACAAACUUUAAUAGCCCUUGGUAUUAAGCUAUCUCUAAGAAAGCCUCAAUGCUGAGAUCACCUCAGUAGUAUCACCAAUAUUCAUACUGAACUUAUCUUAUAAUCUAUUUUAGCUAGCUCAGGAUCCAUCACCAGUGUAAUGU